UAGUUUCUAAAUGUAACAUGUAGUUUUCCGAACCCUGCUGACACCAUCUGACAAUCUGACACUGACGUUUAUAGUUUAUAUCAUUGUUAUUGUAGGAGUAUUGUAAAUUAAUUAUUUUUAUUAUCUAAUUAAUCUUCAUUAGAAUAAAAACGGGCAGUUUUUUAUUUGUAGAUAUAUAUGUAAACAAACAAAGCUAUUAAAAUUAGUAACAAUAAAUUUCAAAGUGACCAAGCUAGUGAUUUAAAUAUGUCGGGACACCAAUACAUAAAAUCUACGAAUCCCUUUGAUGAUGAUUAUGAUGUAGAUGACGAGACAUUCUUAAAAAAUUCCAGAUGGCAACCUAACCAGAAUAAAUUUGAUGCACAAGUUCAGAGUUUUCAAGAGCGUAAACGACAAAUCGAGGAGAAUACGAUUCGGAGUACUGAACAAAGUUUAAAUAUUUUAAGAGACUCUGAACAAAUAGGAAUAGCUACAGCCGAAGAACUGAUGCGCCAGCGAGAGAAAUUAGAGAAAACAGAUAAACAAUUGGACGAUAUUAAUAAUACUUUAAGAUUUUCUCAAAAGCACAUCAACGGAAUUAAAUCGGUUUUUAGUAGUUUAAAGAACUAUAUGUCAGGCAGGAACGAUAAGAGCCCAACAACAUCAAGUAGCACUCCUAGUACUGUAAAGGAAUCAGUCUCUAACACCAAUCUUCAGGAAAAGUUACAAACAUAUGAUCGUUUUAAUGAGCACCCUUCAACAAGACUUAGAGGGAGUGAUUAUAAUGCUUUGCAAACGCAAUCUUACAGUUCUGGAAGUAAGGAUUUUAGUGCAAAACUGGAUGCAAACUUACAGGAGAUGUGCAGCAAUAUUUCACGGUUAAAAGGUUUGGCAAGCGAACUGGGUGAAGAGAUUGACAGUCAAAAUGAUCUGAUAGAGAAUAUUACGAAUAAAACAGAACAGGCCGACCUAAGUAUUCAAAAACAAAAUAAGGACAUGACACGAAUCCUAAGAAAAUAAUAUUUGAAUAAUUAAUAUUUAAAGUUUUUUCUGGUCUAAAAAAUAAUCUAAAUAUUUCAGCUGUACCUAUUUUAUGGAUUGUGCUUUGGUAUAUUAAAUAUAAGGAGAUAUUUGAUGUAGUUCAUGUUAUAGUGUUAAGUGUACUCAUUUUAAAUCGUGUAGAUAGAAUUUAGUUCCUUGUAUUUUGUUAUGUAAAAAUGUAAAUUUGCAGUAUUUAUAUCCUACUCAAAAUAUAUUUACGUACUUUAUAAAAAUAAAACAAAAUUGUAUAUAAUUUAUUUUUAUUAUAAAAAAUGUAUUUUCAAUUAAAAUGUACAAAUAAGAA